AACCCAUUCCGAGAGACAGCAAAAUACUAAGACUGAAUGCUUUUCUUGAUACAAGUGGAAUACUACGUGUUGGAGGAAGGUUGAAGAAUAGCUCGAAAAUGUUACUCGGUGAGAAAAAUCCAGUUCUUGUUCUCGGCAAACACCACAUAGCAAAACUUAUCGUACUUCAUUUUCAUGAAUUGGUACGCCAUCAAGGUUAUUGGAUUACCACCUGUAAGCGACUUGUAUACUCCUUAAUUUCUUCCUGUGUGAAAUGUCGUAGAUUACAUGGAGCCUUUGUGUCCCAAAAGAUGGCAGAUUUACCGGAGGAAAGACUGACAUCUUGUCCGCCUUUCACAUAUGUGGGAGUCGACUGUUUUGGACCGUGGGAUAUCGUGACAAGACGAACUCGUGGUGGCUCUACAAAUUCCAAAAGGUGGGCUGUUUUGUUUACGUGUUUAUCCUGUCUUGGAAUCCACAUAGAGGUUAUUGAAGAAAUGAGUACCUCAUCCUUCAUUAAUGCCUUGCGUCGUUUCAUCUCAAUCAGGGGACAUGUGAAAGAAUUCUUUUCAGACAGGGGGACUAACUUUGUUGGUGGAACAAGAGAACUCGGGAUCAACUCCAUUUAUGUUGAAGAUUCAUCUUUGAGAGCAUUCCUUCAAAAACAAGAAACAGUGUGGAGGUUCAACACACCCCUCUCAUCGCACAUGGGAUGUGCUUGGGAACGCCUCAUAGGUGUUACCCGUCGAAUAUUGGACUCUAUUUUGUUUGAGGUCAAACAUGCCAAACUCACGCAUGAAGUAUUGUGCACCUUUAUGGCUGAAGCCACAGCCAUCAUAAAUGCACGUCCAUUGGUCCCCGUCUCCACAGACCCUGAUUCGCCAUGUAUAUUAUCGCCAAGCGCUCUACUGACUCAAAAAGUUAACCAUUCAGUUGAAGAUUUCGAGAAUCGUAGUUUACAUGACGUGUACACCUCUCAAUGGAAAUGUGUUCAAACCUUGGCCGAGCGAUUUGGGUCUCGAUGGAGGCGUGAAUACCUUCAAUCACUACAAGUACGACGCAAAUGGAAAACUAUGCAAGAAAAUAUUCGUGUUGGGGAUUUAGUUUUGUUAAAAGACAGUGACUGUCAUCGUAAUUAUUGGCCAACAGGACUUGUCGAACGGGUGUUCCCAGGAAAAGAUGGUCUGGUUCGUAGAAGUUAAAAUUAUCAAGGAUGGUUGAAAAGAAUUGGAAUGGUAGUUAUCAAGAAGAAGAUAAAAAUGUUCAAUUGUUAACGCACAAUGACGGACGACAACCAAUUGCAAUAGGUCACAUGAGUUUACUCAGGUAACCUAAUAAGAGGUCCAUUGGCCAUAUCUCACCUGAGACACCUUAACCCUACUCACUGUUGUUCAAUAUAGAGUCCAAGACGAUGUAAACACGAUGUCGAAUAAUAUCGAAUUUGUAACGUGAACUAGUCAUGGAUCCCUGGGUAGAGGUUCUGAUUCCAGGGUGGGCGGGGCCGGCGUGUAGUGCACGUGUUUAUGUGUAAAACAUUUGAAAAGGGUUUUCUUUAAUGCUAUAUUGAUGCUAAAUUGAAACUAAAUAAAUAUUUAGAAGGAGCAGGUAUCCCUUUACCAAACCUGUUAAUUUCAAUAUCCCAAGGUUGGGGAUUUUGGUACCUCAGUGGGGCCAAAAUAAUCAUAGUGAUUAAAUGUGUGUAUUAACAAUUAAACAUUUUUAACCUCUUCUUGAAAACCACCUUCCAAUUCUUUUAAAAUUUGGUAUGUAGCGUAUUUUGAAUAAGGGGGAUAUAACUUAUGAUUUUCAGAACUUCUGCACCCAUGGGGCCUUAAGGGCGGGGCGAAAACUGCCAUAGAUUGACCGAUUUUCAAAUAUUUUCUCUAUGACCAUACAUCUGUAAGAAAAACCAAAUGUAUAGUUAAGUAGAGGAGGAAGGUUUCGACCAAAAUUGAAAAACAAUUCUUGAUCCAUGAGUUAGAGACCAAACUUGGUAUGUGGUAUUUUUGGGAAAAGCAUUUGAAUAGCAUCUUCUUUAAUGCUAUUGAUACUGACUUGAAUCUAAAUAAAUAAAUAUUUUGAAGGAGAACGUAGCCCUUUACCACACUUUAGUACCAGGAUAAGGACAAAAUAGUCAUAGUGCCUAAAUGUCAAUCAUUUGAAAGACUACUUUAAUUCUGAUGAUACUAUUAUAACAACUUGAUGCAUAUUAAGGAGAAUCCGAAAUGCAGAAAUGGAUGUACCAAAAUUGUGAAUUUCACAACCCCAGGAUUCUAACUCUUUAUGCAGUUCCAAGAUAGUCAUAUAGUGUUUAUAUAACAUCUAUUAUACAAGUAAAGUCUUUCAUCAAUAUAAGCACUUUCGGGAGCAUUUAUGUAUUUUAAAGAACACAUCUUGUUUUAUGUUACUGCUGCUGAAUAUUGCAGAAAAUGAUACUUUUAGAUGUCGCGGUCCUUAGGCGGGCUAAUGGUACUAUCAAAUAAUACUCAGGUGAUCAAUAAGGCUCGUGGGUCUCUUAUCUGUUUGAACCGUAAGACUCACUAUCUAAUGAAAUUAUUGUACUAAGACUUAUGCAGCAAUAUUUGUAAUAUACCUCGCAUUGGAUACGCAGGGGUAGGGGGGGGGGGUAUUGGUUCCAUUAGGACACCCCUAGUUUUGUACGAAAAUCACCCCUGUGAGGAAAACGUCCCUUGUUGUGCCUUUAUAAUUAAUUGUUCUUCAAAUGAUUUCAUCCUAUAUAAGGGUUGUCUUUUAAGAAAAUGAAAUCAUUUUUGUUGUUGUUGUUUUUUGUUUGUUUUUUGUUGUUGUUGUUGCGAUAUUGAUUUGAUAUUGAAUUAUUGUGAUAUUGAUUUUAUGUGAUGUUGAUUUUAUUGAUUCGGUAUAGAAUUAUUGCGAUAUUCAUUUGGUGUUGAAUUAUUGUGAUAUUAAUUUAAUAUUGAAUUACGUGAUAUCUAUUUGGUAUUGAACAACACAAGAUACCUAGUAAAACAACUAUGUCUGUUUGUGCUCCACUUAAAUGAAAAAUAUAUAAGAAGUAGAAAAACUUGAUCUUGAUAGCAUACGUGACAUUUAAAUGGACCCAUAUAUACAAAGUCCCCGUGGAUUGGCCUCACAAACAAAAAUAAUCUUUUAGUCAAGAGUGUCGUAUUUCUACUUCCUGGUUAUGAAACUUAACAAAAAUACAGGUACUUGUUCUGAUGUGAUUAUUAUAGAGAAGAUAACCUAGAGAUACUGUGGAGGAAGGGGACGAUACUGAAACACAAUAUAACGCACAAAACACGUGCAACAAUGGGGACUUAUAUCAACUUUGUGAUCGUAAUGGUUGUGAUCUUUACACAGGUAAGGCAUUAAUACUGAGCUAUUCCCGUUAUUAUUCUUAAAAUGAUAUUGAUUUUUAUACUUAUAUACCGAUAUCUUAUCAUUGAAAUGUGCAUUUUUUAAUGUCGAUUUUGAGAUAGUGGUAAGUCAUGCACAUAAUUUAUACGUGAAUCAGGAAUGUAUACACUGAGAUAGAUUAAAAGAACAUGAUCCGGAAAAGUCACUGAGGUGUAUUCCGAUUUCUGGGACACGAAUAGGACUGAGAGACAGUGAAAUAAUGUAUCUUUUUUUUAUCUUAAUCUUAUCUUAUCUUUUUAUUUAAUGUAAUUUUAUAAGACUGAAUUAGGAUGUGUGAAGA